AUGGCGAGUGACGACGAAAGGAGUGAAGCGCAAUUCUACGACGCGCAAGACGCGCUAGUGACCCUAAAUGCGGGACAUCCAUCAACCUUGCCGGAGUCGCGUGGUGAGAAUGUUGCGACAACCGCAGAUUCACCAACGACGACCAGACUGAAUGCCUUGAGAGUACAACAUCACCGACACUCUCUGCAGGACGUUCCCGCAUUGCCUGCCAUACCUGCAAAGUACUUAGAGAACGGUCGACCGGCGAGCAUAUCAGUGCCGGCACUGCAUUCUAUACCUCGAGCAAGCGGUCGGGCGCGUGAUAUCGAAGACGGCGGAGCGCAAAGAGGACGCGCGCGAAGGGCAAAGGACGCAGGCCCGCUGUCGCGUUCUAAAAAUGGCGUAGAUACAGUGACGCUUACGGUCUCAGCCGGCCAUUGCGACGACAACCUUGUAACGAAGAAGGCGCGGCAGAGAUCGCUGCCAGCGUUGGCACCAAGACCUCAGAGGCAGCUGUCUGACCCUGAAAGGACAUCUGACUUAGGCGCGCCGGAAACGAUGGCGCGACGUGGGAAAGACGGCGAUCUGUUCCUGGAGCUUGCGCAUGAUGACGCACAAGAUGAAGUGCGACCAUUGACUCGUGCUGCAAGUCGUCUGUCUCAAUUCAACAGUCGGCGCUCACUACCGCCGGAAGGUCUCUUGAGCUCAGCUGCGGACCGCAGACCAAGGUCUAGUGGUAGCUUAUUGCAACAACGGCCUGUGUCGCGGUUCAGCGGCUACCCUACCGAGGGUAUACGGUCUGCCGAAAAGUGUCGGGAACCCUUCGGCCGCAGUUCAUUAGAAGGCGAGGACAACGCUAGCGUUUCUGGGAGAUCUACAUCAAGUCGCGCUCGUCCCUAUAUAAUCGCUCCUGAGCGACCCGAUGUAUCCGCUCGUAUGAGAGACAGAGCGCGUUCGCCUGAGGUGCACUCCUUCAGCAGGCGGCGACCUUCCUACGGCCAGACCUCUCCACAGCUAUACAAAGGACGGCAAUCGCAGCUCGCCAGCAAAGCUAACGACUCGCAAGAUGAUUCGCCGGCUGGUAGCUCGGAGCCGAAAGCGGACUCAGCCUCAGUGGAGUCGCAGACUGACACGGUAUGGGACGAGCUUGACGACCUCAAAUCGCGCAUCAAAAAGCUGGAGCUUACAGGCAAGCAUCCGCCAACUUCUGGUGUAGCCGUCUCAGGAUCGUCGAGUGAACGACCACGGACGGCAACCACCGCACCCACGACAAUCGACUUGUCACCCAAGCACGAGCAGAAGUCUGACGGUCGACCAACUACCCAGUCGGAUUCUGGCGCUCAAGCGGUUGGUGCUCUUGGGGCGACCAACAUCCACCCGACGCUGCAUACCGCGCUUGCGAAAGCGAAACCGUUACUCAACCCUACGCUGUAUAGGACGCUUGAGGCAACAGCAGCUGACGCGCUACAGCUUGCCGCAAUGACCGGCAGCAACACUGGACCACAUGGCACAACAUUCUCCGCGGCAUCCAUCAUUAAUGGUGGAUCUGAGCGACACGUACGGCGCAAAGCAGAUACAAUGUGCCGCAAUCUUACUGACUUGUGCCUUGCGCUAUGCGAGGGUAAGCACGAGGCUUCCAGCGUGGCCACAACGCCGAUCAAUCUGGAGCCAGUACGGAGUUCGCCUACCAUAAGGUAUUCCAGAAGUAGUAUUGGUGGGCAUGGCGACACCGCGGUUCCGGUCAGUCGCCCUAUGAGCCGACUCGAAGCACGAAGGACGAGCAUUCUUGGAGUUCUGCCCAACGGCAGCGUUAGUGGCAACAGCCGACGCGAGAGUGCCGAUGAUGUCUCCGCUUCUGAACAGGAGGGUACGCCGUCACAAGCGGAUGGACCGCAGCGGGAGCUUCGCCACGUCGGGCGAGCAAGCAGUCGCCUCCUCAGCGCACGAUUGUCUCGACAAGAGGACGUCAGUGGCGAUGAAGAUCCCACUACACGGCCAGCCUCGCGGGCCAUGACGGACGCUGGCGGGUCACGCAACAGGCCUUCCGCAUCUAGUGACUAUGCUCGAUCACCCAGGACUGCGGAGUCGCCCCGUUUUCGGGAGACGCUUACAGCUCGCAGAACUAAUGGUAGCGCUUUCGAAGCCAACAAGGAGCACUCUCGAGUGGCAUCGCUGAGCUCUGAUGUGGGUCGGAAGCGCUGGACGAGAGAGUCGACACCGCCCGUGUUAGAGGAGGAACUGAACGAAGCGGGCGAGUAUCAGCCUUCUUCACAACCGAAACGCAGACUCACGUCGCUAGGCCAGUUCAGCGCGAGAAGGGCGGCGGAGAUGCCGAGUCGGGCUGCUAGUCUCAGUUCGAGGAGGCAUGUGGUUGAAGGCUGA